CAGCCGAGAAAGAUCAAGUCUGCAAGUCCUCCACACUUUGCCAGGCAUCUCCACCUUAUGGCUCUCCAGGCAUCGGUCUCUGCACCGACAUAUACCGGGUGGCCAUUGGCAUUUACCCGUAGGGGAACGACAGGAAACAUGUGUCGGCAAGUAUUUAUUUGAACGACAAUCUUGACUAACCUUCCAUACUCAGGCAUUGAUCCCUUCAUUGACGUCCCUUUUGACCGUUACGUUUUGCCUGCCUCCUGUACGGGAUAUCCGCGUGGGAAAAUCUCCCGAACGACAUCUAUAUUACCCGGACUUCGUAAUCCUGCUCAGAAUACAAGGUGGCCGCUCUCUAACUAGCAAUCCUCUCCCGUCGCCCGAUCCGGGAAACAGAAAUUUGCUAUAAUACUAUCACACACCCAUCAGGCAGCAAUGGCGGUCAUGUCAACAGCGAACCAGUUCCCCCAAGUGGGCUUCAUCGGCCUCGGGGCGAUGGGCUUCGCCAUGUCGACGCACCUGGUCCGGACGGGAUUCCCAGUCACGGGUUUCGACAUUUACGGGCCGACGCUGGACCGCUGGCGGGCGACUUGCGACGACAUACCGGAGUCUCGCGCCAAAACGGCCAGCUCACCCGCGGAAGCGGUCAGAAACGCUUCGGUAGUGUGUCUCAUGGUGGCUAACCACUACCACGUCCACUCUGCUCUAUUCGACGACAACGGAGCGGUCCACGCCCUCCCCAAAGACUGCACAGUCAUCAUCCACGCGACGAUCCCCCCGACCCAGCCGUCGACCGUACGUGAGCGAUUGACGGGCGAAUUCAACCGCCCGGAUGUGCGAUUGAUCGACGCCCCCGUGUCCGGCGGCGUGGCGCGAUCUAUCAACGGCACGUUGACGAUCAUGGUAUCCUCGGACGACAUGAAGAACCUCCAGGAACCCAAUGCGAAGACAGUGCUCGAGAACGUGGCCAGCAAGGGCAAGACGCUCUUCCCCAUCCCCGGCGGCCUCGGCGCGGGCCAAUCGGCCAAGGCGUUGAACCAAGUCAUGUGCGGGAUCCAUAUCCCCUCCGCGUCGGAGAUCAUGGGGCUGGCGGCGAUCCUCGGCGUCGACACACAAAAGUUCUAUGACACACUGACCACCAAGGACGCCUCGACGGGGAAGAUGCCUCUGGGGUGGAGCUGGAUGUUCGAGAAUCGCGGGCCGCGGAUCCUGAGCGCGUCGCCGCCCAUGGCGUCCGCGACCGCCAUCAUCAACAAGGACGUGGGCAUCAUCCGCGACGAGGAGGUGCGGCUGGGCGUCGACCUGCCACUUCUCAACGCGGCCAGCGACGUCAUCACGCAGGUGAUGAAGACCCAUGCGGCCGCCGACGACAGCUGCAUCGCGCAGUACUACCUGGGCUUCGACUCGGACCGGGCAGACCUGGUGGUGCAGCGGGCGGGGAACCCGGUCGCGACCAACGAACAGGAGCAGCAGCAGCAGCAGCGCAUGAUCCGCACGCUGGCGACCGCGCACGCCGCGAUCCACCUGAUCUCGGCGUUCGAGACGACCCAGUUCGCGCACGCCCUGGACCUGAUGCGCCCGGAGCAGAAGAAGCAGUGGUUCAACAUCAUCUCGGGCGCCGCGGGCGGCAGCACCGUCUUCUCCGAGGUCAUCCCGCGCGCGUUCGACGAGGCCUCCGUCGAAGGCGGCAGCAUCGAGGCCGCCUUCCGCAAGUACGCGAGGGACAACUUCGGCGGCGCCGACGUCGUCCCCCAGGUCGUCGAGCUCGUCGACGCGGCCAAGAAGCAGGGCUACGUGCCCAAGCUGCUCGAGGCCGCGCUGGCGAAUCUGAAGACCCUGCUCGCCUGAUUAUUUUCCAAAAACAAACCCCCCCUUGCCCGACCAGAGAGCUUUUACGGUGGUCGAGGGGAUCUGCUAUUGAAUUUGCGGAUGGUCCUGUUCCGAAUCAGGGGGACUGCCGCCGUUGCCUCUCAUUCCCUUCCAACAAGCUCUACUCUACCCUUUCUAUCUAACAAUCUAACAAUCUGGCCAUCAACGUUGGGCGGACCAGGGAGACAGGGACGGAAGACGGCUCCAUCCCGCUGCACGACAUUGCAUUUCCUAGGGCGUUCCGCUACUUCUUCUCCUGUUGUUCCGCGCUUUCUGAGGCAUCAAACGGGUCAUUGACAACGUAUAUAUAUAUACACACAUAAAUACUCUACAUGUUCUACAUGCGCCUUCGCACGAAACGAGUCUCCUUGAUAGCUU